UUUUGGGGGGGGGGCGCUGUAUUUAAACACUUAAAAUGCACUGCUAUCUCCUGAGCGUGCUCCUCACCGUGGAUCUGGCCACCGUGGCUCUCAGCCUGUCUACCUGCAGCACCCUCGACAUGGAUCAGUUUAUGCGCAAGAGGAUCGAGGCAAUCCGGGGGCAGAUCUUGAGCAAGCUGAAGCUCACCAGCCCUCCGGACGAGUACCCCGAGCCCGAGGAGGUGCCCCCGGAGGUCAUCUCCAUCUACAACAGCACCAGGGACCUGCUGCAGGAAAAAGCCAACCACAGAGCCGCCACUUGCGAGAGGGAGAGGAGCGACGAGGAGUAUUAUGCCAAAGAAGUUUACAAAAUAGACAUGCAGCCUUUUUACCCCGAAAAUGCCAUCCCGCCGAGCUAUUACAGCCUUUACUUCCGGAUCGUGCGGUUUGAUGUGUCGGCCAUGGAGAAGAACGCCUCCAACCUGGUGAAGGCCGAGUUCCGCGUCUUCCGCCUGCAGAACACCAAGGCGCGCGUCUCGGAGCAGCGGAUAGAGCUGUACCAGGUUUUAAAAUCUAAAGAAUUAUCAUCACCAGGACAGCGCUAUAUUGACAGCAAAGUAGUUAAGACAAGAGCUGAAGGAGAAUGGUUGUCUUUUGAUGUCACUGAGGCUGUACAUGAAUGGCUCCAUCACAGAGACAGGAAUCUUGGAUUUAAGAUAAGCUUACAUUGUCCAUGCUGUACCUUCGUGCCUUCCAAUAAUUACAUCAUCCCAAAUAAAAGUGAGGAGCUUGAAGCAAGAUUUGCAGGUAUUGAUGACUACACAUAUUCCAGUGGUGAUGUGAAAGCUUUAAAGUCCAAUAGGAAAAAAUACAGUGGGAAGACCCCACAUCUUCUGCUAAUGUUGUUACCCUCCUACAGACUUGAGUCGCAACAGCCCAGUCGGCGGAAGAAGCGUGCUCUAGAUGCUGCCUAUUGUUUUAGGAAUGUGCAGGAUAAUUGCUGUCUGCGUCCACUUUAUAUUGACUUCAAGAGGGAUCUUGGCUGGAAAUGGAUUCAUGAACCUAAAGGAUACCAUGCUAAUUUCUGUGCAGGAGCCUGCCCAUAUUUAUGGAGCUCAGAUACUCAGCACAGCAGAGUACUCAGCUUGUAUAACACCAUAAAUCCAGAAGCUUCAGCCUCCCCGUGCUGUGUGUCCCAGGAUUUGGAACCCCUCACCAUCCUCUACUACAUUGGAAAAACACCCAAAAUCGAACAGCUUUCCAACAUGAUUGUCAAGUCUUGCAAGUGCAGCUAAAGGAUAUCCCUGAAACAGCAUGACGUGUGUUUAUAAAAAAUAAAGAUAACCAAGGGAAAAAAGAAAGAGAGAGUGAGAAGGAAAGAAAGAAAAAUAAAAACGCGGAUUCAUCAGUGUUAAAAGGAAAAAAAAAGAAGAAAAAAAAAGCGGUACUAGUCUGAACUGUUUGAAAGUUUGUUUUGUUGUUUUUUUUUAAACUGGCAUCUGAAGCAAAACAUUGAAGGCUUUUUCCUACAUUUCACCUACACAUAGUGUGAGAUAGACAAGAAGCAAAGUUAAAGAAAAAAAGAAACCUUUUAAAAAAUAAACACUGGAAGAGAUUUGUUAGUGUUACUAUGUGAAAGGAAAAAAACAGGAAAACCCCAUGAAGUGGAGUUGCUGUAUCUGUCCCGUGCCUUACUUGAUCUCUCUGUAUUGUUAUGCAAUAGGCAUCCUACCCAUUCCUCUUAGCUAUAGAGUUAACAGUGCAUUAUUUAUUUGUGUAUAAAAACUAUCAAAUGAACAUUUCUGUAUCACCAUUGGGAAAAUGAAAACCAGCCAAUGUGGACAAGGUGGAGACCAAAUAAGCUGCCAGAAAUACAUAUAAAGCCUAAAGGAACACGAGCUCAAAACAAUCAGAAAAGUAAUGGUUAGUUUAGUUCAAUUAAAAUAGAAAUCAGUUAUUACAUUACUGAGAAACUCUGCCUUUAAAAUACCUUAUUUUUCAUGCCAGCUGCCUAGAGAGACUUCUUGUAAGGUCUCAAACCCUUGUUUUAAAUACUGAAUGAUUUACUAAUAAAGGACACUCUGUUUCAGUCU